AUGAAGCUCUUCAAGGUGGCGCAACCUCAUUCAUGGCUGGGAUCAAGUGGAGGAAUAUGGUUCGGGUCUUUUUUUAAAACAGGGUCUGUUCUCAUUUUUCAGCAAAGGAACUUGUUCCAUGGUGGAGACGAUGUAGUUAGGGGUGUCAAGCACACCCUACGGACGGAAGUCAUGUAUACUACCGAGUAA